AUGUGUGGGGACUUGGGAUUCCCUGUGCACCUCCAAGCUGAGACCUUCAGUGUGGUGAGACACAGACAGCAGCUCACCCUGCUUUUGGGCCGCAGUGGGUUGCCUGUACAGCUGGUUGCCAACCUCUUCAACCUGGACCUGCCCCAAGACUGGCAACUGUAUCAGUAUCAUGUGAUGUUCCAUCCUGACGUCGAGUCCAGAAGGCUGCGAACUGCUCUGCUCUGUGGCCACGGCGAACUUUCUGGCAAAGCAAAAGCCUUUGACGGAGCCACCCUCUUUCUCUUGGAAGCGCUGGAAGAGAAGGUCACGGAGCUGUCAGGUGUGACCCAGAGGGGCCAGACUGUGCAGAUGACUGUGACGCUAACGAGGCAGCUGCCAGCCAGCUCCCCUGUCUGUAUGCAGGUCUUCAGUCUCAUAUUCUGGAAGGUGUUAAAAAAGUUGUCUCUGCACCGAAUUGGACGGAACUUCUACAAUCCUUCCCAGCCCGUGGAAAUUCCCCAGCACAAAUUGUCGCUUUGGCCUGGGUUCUCCAUUUCUGUGUCACAGUUUGAAAAAAGACUCCUGUUUCAUGCUGAUGUGAGCUAUAAGGUGCUUCGGAAUGAGACGGUUCUGGAAUUCAUGGUUGAUCUCUGCAGCCGAGACACUGGACUCUCCUUUACCGAGGCAUGUGAGAAGCAGCUCAUUGGGCUUGUUGUGCUGACCAGGUACAACAACAAAACCUACCGUGUAGAUGACAUUGACUGGUCGGUGAAACCCAUUCACACCUUCCGGAAGCGGGAUGGUACCUGCAUUACCUACGUGGAGUACUACAAGCAGCAAUAUAAUAUCACCGUGAGUGACCUCGGUCAGCCCAUGCUGGUUAGUCUGCUGAAAGGCAAGAGGAACGACAAUGCUGAGGCACGGCUGGUCCACCUGCUCCCUGAGUUGUGCUUCCUCACAGGGCUAAGCAGCCAGGCCAGAUCUGACUUCCAGCUGAUGAAAGCUGUGACUGAGGAGAUACGCCUGAGUCCUCUGGAGCGGCAGCAGCGCCUGUCUCACUUUGUGGAUGCCAUCCAGAGAAACAAGGAUGCUCGCUUUGAGCUGGAGACCUGGGGGCUGCAGGUUGGAGCUCAGCUGUCUGUGACAGGCAGGGUGGUGCCUGCUGAGAAGAUAUUCCUCCAAGACCACGUGUGCCAGCCUGAGUCUGCUGCCAACUGGUCCAGGGACAUGCAGAUGUGCAAGAUUUUAAGCGCAAUGCCUUUGAAUAACUGGAUGCUUCUGUACUGUGAUCGCGAGGAGUCUGCAACCCAGUAUUUCCUCAAUUGCCUGAUAAGAGCUGGAGGCUCCCUGGGCUUUUCCAUCAGUCACCCCAAAAUCAUAAGAGUGCAAGAAAUGUCAGCUGCAUUCGUUAAAGCUAUACAGAGAUAUUUUGAUCCCAACGUUCAGUUGGUAAUGUGUGUGCUGCCCUCGAAUCAGAAGGGUUAUUACGAUGCCAUAAAGAAGUUCUUGAGCUCUGACUGCCCGGUGCCCAGCCAAUGCGUGCUGUCUCGAACCCUGCACAGGCCAGGCAUCACGAGGAGUGUGGCCACCAAAGUCGCCCUGCAGAUGGCCUGCAAGUUAGGUGGCGAGCUGUGGGCUGUGGAGAUCCCCUUAAAGUCACUGAUGGUGGUUGGCGUCGACAUCUGUCGUGACACCUUCAGCACUGGGAUGAUGGUGGUUGGAUUUGUAGCCAGCACCAACCCUGGCAUCACAAGGUGGUUUUCCCGCUGUAUCCUCCAGAAAUCGACGACUGCAGUUGCAGACAACCUGAAAAUAUUUAUGAGCGGUGCCCUCAACAAGUGGUACAAGUUCAACCACACUCUGCCGGGACGCAUUAUCGUGUACCGGGAAGGCGUGGGUGACGGGGAGCUCCAGGCGUUGGUGGAGUACGAGGUUCCACAGCUGCUGAGCAGCGUCACAGCUUCAAGCCCACACUCCAGCCCCAAGCUGUCGGUGGUGGUGGUCCGAAGGAGGUGUGCCCUGCGCUUUCUUGCCGAGAUGAACCGCACCAUCCAGAACCCACCGCCUGGCACCGUGGUGGACUCGGAAGCUACACGCCCAGGCUGGUAUGACUUCUACUUGGUCAGCCAGACUGCUGGCCGGGGCACGGUCAGUCCCACUUACUACAACAUCAUCUAUGAUGACAACGGCUUGAAGCCUGACCACAUGCAGAGACUCACGUUCAAGCUGUGCCACCUUUACUACAACUGGCAGGGGCUGAUCCGCACACCCGCACCCUGCCAGUACGCCACCAAGCUGACCUUCCUGGUGGCCCAGAGCAUCCAUAAGGAGCCCAGCCUGCAGCUGUCCAAUACCCUCUUCUACCUGUGACCGCAGCAGCUGCAGGAAUGGGAUAGUAUGCCAGCAGCUGGGGUUGUGUGCAUGAAGGGGUCCUGAGCUUAAUUUUAGCUGCUGAGAAAAAUCAACAGGCUCAGUGUCAUUGGGAAACAUUGUUGGGGUUCAAAGAGGGAACAGCAGGGGUAAAUGUGGGGGGUGGG